CACAAACCUCUAUGAUCCAAACACCCACAGUUGGCUGAAACACAGUUUUCAUCAUCAAUGGAAGAAUUCACAACAGAUAUGCAGCAGAGUUACAGACCUUUCUCGAUCUUUGAUAUUGAUCCAAGCAUGGAGAUGGUGAGCAACUUUGGAGAGCUAAACGCAGGUGCCAUGGAGAAUCCAAACUUGAAUUCCCAGAGCCUCAUGGGCUUCUCCGUUGACAGCUUCUUUAUGCUGCAGCAGCAGCAGCCACCUGAGUUUCCGGGAAACUUGGCAGAAAAUUUUCCAGGCAUUUUCCAUCCUAAUGAUGCCAAGAGUUCGCUGCCUGUCGCUGCCGAGUCCAGUGAAAUCCAUGACAGCAAGAAAAGAAAAGCAGUAGUGGAUGUCCCAGAAAGCAGCUCCGGGAAUUCUUCUCCCCCAGUUUCUGAGGGUGGGAUUAGGAGAGAAAAUAGUUCAGGAAGAGGAAAACGAUCGAGGCGAAACGAGAAGGGGGAGGAGAAGCAGAAGGAAGUUGUUCAUGUUAGAGCUAGAAGAGGGCAAGCCACUGACAGCCACAGUUUAGCAGAAAGAGUUAGAAGAGGGAAAAUCAAUGAGAAACUCAAAUGCUUGCAAGGCAUUGUGCCAGGAUGCUACAAGACCAUGGGGAUGGCAGUAAUGUUGGAUGAGAUCAUCAACUAUGUGCAGUCCUUGCAAAACCAAGUCGAGUUUCUGUCGAUGAAGCUCACUGCAGCAAGCCGGUACUACGACUUCAGCUCCGAAACAGAUGCCAUGGAAGCAAUGCAGAGGGCAAAGUUGAUUGAAGCACAGAAGAUGCAGAGGCUUGUGGCAGAAGAGGAUCAAGGGCUAGUUUCCACUCAACUUAUUGGCUGCCUAGACAACACUUUUGGAAGCUACCCUUCAUUGCCAUACAACACAUGAAAAUGUCUCAUUUGCUUCUGUUUUCUUUCUUUCUUUCUUUUUUUAAGUUUUUGAAUCAAAUUUGUCCCCACCUAAUGCUAUAGAAUGAGAAAGAGCAAAUUACAAUUGUAUCAACCCUCACAUAUAUG